AUGGCUCCAGCUAGUAUCUCAAAAGCUCAAUCUGCUAAGAAGAGUGCCCUCAAAGGUGCUAACGGUAAGAAGGUCACUAAGGUCAGAACCAGUGCCACUUUCAGAUUGCCAAAGACCUUGAAGUUGUCCAGAAGUCCAAAAUACGCUUCUAAGGCUGUUCCUCACGCUAACAGAUUGGAUGCUUACAAGAUCAUUGUUGCUCCAAUUGCUUCUGAAACCGCUUUGAAGAAGGUUGAAGAUGACAACACCUUGGUUUUCCAAGUUAGCUUGAAGGCCAACAAAUACCAAAUCAAACAAGCCGUCAAGGAAUUGUACGAAGUCGAUGCUCAAUACGUUAACACUUUGAUCAGACCAAACGGUACCAAGAAGGCUUACAUUAGAUUGACCGCUGACCAUGAUGCUUUGGAUGUUGCCAACAGAAUUGGUUACAUUUGA